UAUAAACUGGGGUCCAAAAGGAAGUUCUUUGGGAAGCAACUCCAGGACACAGCCCCAAGAUCAGAGCUGCCAGUCCCCAACCCUCAGCCAGUGACACUGGGCAGAAACUGGAGUUCCCCAGAUGACCUGAUCCUGACUGGCCAGCAAGAAAAGUUCAUCUGCGGUACUGGGAGCGUGUCUCCUCGGCCCCCGGGGCAGACCCAUGGGCACCCCGGCCUCUGUGGCCUGCGACCCCCCGCAGUGCCGGGGUCCUGAGGCCCGGGCCCGGAAAAGAGCCGCUGCCAACAUCUUCCAGGACGUGGGGCUGCUGCAGCUGCGGCGCCUGUUCCGCAGCCGCGGGGAUGAGCGGGCAGAGGAGCGAGCCCGGCUGGUCUGGGAGUACGCGGGCGACCGGCGCACGGCCCAAGCCCUGCGCCAGCUCAGGAGGCGGCGGUGGCAGCCAGCAGCCCAGGCCAGCAGCGCCCCAAGGCUAGAGGACUGCAGCUCCCCCAGCGCAGACCCUGGCAGCAGCACCAGGCUGGAGGGGCCCAGCAGGGACAGGCAGCGCCCUGGCCCCAGGAGGAAAUGUCCAAGAACCAGGCGGAGGAAGAGGGGGCCUGGGCCCACAGGGUACCUGCACCAGCUCCAGCAGUGAGGGGGGCAGCUGGUGCUGGGAGCUCCCGGCUGCCUGGCCAGGCUCAGCCCCACAAGCUAGCAGACAGGCUUGCAGGGGGGGGGGAGGAGAGAUUCUGUCCUCACUGGCUAGAGCUGGGCCAAGCAGCUGCAGAUUCCUCUCCCCUCCUCCCCCCCCCAGUAGAUGAAGGGAGAGGGGAGCAGAGUGAGGGGUCCCGGGUGGGCUGCCCAUCACUGUGGGGACCAGCCAGAAGAGGACAGCUGCAGCCCAGGCUGCGAGUGGGCCUUUGAAACACCCCCCCCCCACCCCAUCCAACACUAACCGCCCUGAAAGCCCUUUGCUAAGGGCCAGGGCCUCUGGGACCUGAGUGGAGGUGAGCCUUGGCUGGCAGCUGGACUGGAGCCCAAAUGGGGAGGGGAGUGACCCACAAACAGGCUACCCUUCCCCCACCUGGGGGUAUGUGUGGGGCAAGUGCAGUCACUCAGCACCAGAGCUGGCUGUCUAGGGUGCCCAUCAGCCUGGGUCCAAGUCCCAUGGGGGAGCCCCAUCCUACUAGGGGCAGCCCCGCGCCUUGUUGCAUACAGCUGGACAGACUGUGUAAUAAAAGCCUGUGCAGGGA